CGCCUCAAGAUGCUGGCCCUGCUCAAGAGGAAGGACCUGGCGGGGCUGGAGGCGCCGCUCGAGCCCCCCAAGCCCGACGGCCUCAAGGCCUUCGAGGAGAAGCUCAACGGGAGCCUCCGGGCACGGCCCGGCAAGGAGAACAUCAGCGACGAGCCCGUCGACAUGAGCGCCAGGAGGAGUGACCCGGAGCGGGGCCGCCUGACGCCGUCCCCGGACAUCAUCGUGCUGUCGGACAACGAGGCCUCGAGCCCGCGCGGCGGCUCCCGCGGGGACGAGCGGCUCAAGGCGGCCAACCUCGACAUGUUCAAGGGGAAGAGCCUGGAGGAGCGGCAGCAGCUGAUCAAGCAGCUGCGGGACGAGCUGCGCCUGGAGGAGGCGCGGCUGGUGCUGCUCAAGAAGCUGCGGCAGAGCCAACUGCAGAAGGAGAACGUGGUGCAGAAGACGCCGGUGGUGCAGAACGCCGCGGCCAUCGUGCAGCCGGCGCCGGCGCACGGGGGGCAGCAGGGCCUGGCCAAGAUCCCCGCCCGGCCCGGAGCGCAGGGCGUGGAGACACAGAACCUGCGCGGCCUGCAGGCCGCCAAGCUGGCCCUGAGGAAGCAGCUGGAGAAGACCCUGCUGGAGAUCCCCCCGCCCAAACCCCCCGCCCCGCUCCUGCACUUCCUGCCCAGCGCCGCCAACUCCGAGUUCAUCUACAUGGUGGGGCUGGAGGAGGUGGUGCAGAGCGUCAUCGACAGCCAGGGGAAGAGCUGCCCGGUGUCCCUGCGGGUGGAGCCCUUCGUGUGCGGGCAGUGCCGCACGGAUUUCACGCCGCACUGGAAGCAGGAGAAGGGCGGGCGCAUCCUGUGCGAGCAGUGCCAGACCAGCAACCAGAAGAAGGCGCUGAAGGCGGAGCACACGAACCGCCUCAAGAACGCCUUCGUCA